GGAAGCGAAAAACGACAUAUGUCCCAAUGACCCCUGUCGCGUCGAUACACGUCUAACAACCUUUUCCCGUCACGUUCAUGUCUCUUUCGGGGCCCUGAUCGGUCUUGUGAUGUUUCUCCAUCAGUGCCCUCCAAAUACCGAACCUUUUCAUCGUACAUAGGUAGCAAGUGAUAUCUCCAGAGCUUUGACAGCCCUGUCCCGCCAUGUACCGUUCAAGCCAUCAGCAAAAGUUGAAUCCAGGACAGCAACCCUGUGGACUACUCAACCACUGCAUCCCACAGCUUGUUUCUAUCCAAGUACUUAAGCCCGUCUUUUGCCAGACAUUUCCUCUUCUCUUUCUUCUUCUGUCAUCUUCUCUUACAUAUGUAACCUCAAUCUAUCUUGUAGACAACAACCAUCUGGAACAAAGCUCAAGAUGAAAGACAUCACCAUCCUGGCCAGCAUCCUGCUGGUCUCCUUCGGUCCCUCCCUCAUCAACGCCGAGGCCAGUCUCCCUCCGCGGCCCACGAACGUGAUCGAGGGUGCCUCCCUCUCGGCAAUCCCCCCCGCGAUCAUCUACGAGCUUUUCGGACCGAAGGAAAGCAAUACCCAGACCCUCGAUGCCCAGGAGCCUCAACCUACGGUCCCCGUCAAGGAGAAACCUUCCACUCUCCUCAUCCACCAAGGUCCCCUAGACGUACACCACGAGGCCCGCAAGCCACAGAGAACCAAGACCCAGAUCAGCUCAGAGAUAGACGAGACCGCCGAGCCCCCCCUCUGCACGCACGGCAAAUGCCCCAAAGAGAUGGAGGUCCCCCAGACCCUUGAGCCUAGACAGAUGGAGUUUGGCCAUGGUGGAAAAGCUACGGACGACGCCGACGAUUCUCGCCCCUGCCUUUACGGAGAAUGCCCCCCUAAGAUCCCCAAAAAGAUCUGCACAUGGCACAAAUGCCCCGGCGAUGCAAUGGAGGUCCCCCGGACCCUUGAGCCUAGACAGCAGGAGUCUAGCCAAGUGACACCCUCUGCGGAAACGACCGCCGAUUCUUACCUCUGCACACACAGAGACUGCCCCUUUCAGAGUGGGCGCUGGGCGGAGGUGGAAGCUACCAAGACCCUCGAGCCUAGACAGCAGGAGACGGGCGCCGUGGAGUCUUCCACCGACGAUACCGCCGAUUCCUACCACAAAGAUAGCCCCAAGAGACGUGCGUGCCUGUCGAAGAAGCUGUCCAAGCUAGCGGCCACCAAGACCCUUGCACCCAGACAACUGGUGACUGGCGAGCCCUCUGCGGACGAAGAGGAGGAGAAUGAGGAUGAGUACUACAUCCCUCCGCCCCAACGUAUCCGGACGUCCAGAUGCAAGGGUAAGGGCAGGCACAGGAGGACCACUUCCACCACGGUGACUACUUCAUCUACCACUUCGUCUACCACCAGCACCGUCACACCGACUUCCACCACCAGCUCGAGCUCCUCUUCUACCACCACCACCUCCUCGUCCUCUACUUCCACUUCCACCACGGCACCCGAUGACCAUGUCACGCGAACCACUACGGUUACCGUGACGGCGAACCCGGGCUACAGCCCGACUUACAUCUUGAGCCCGUACCCCACGACCUUCCGCAAGAUUGUAGCUUGAAUGCUGUCCACCGAGAUGUUUAAAGUCGACCCAUCCUCGAAGUAAGAAAUAUGUCGAAUUCGCCGUCGUCUCUGAUGCUGAUGGUCUGGGUUUGGGAGACUACUAUCGAAAGUGUGGAGCUAAUGAGGGAUGUUCGUUUAUUUAUCUUCGAGUGUAAUGAAGUUCAGUCAACAAAGAAAACAUGGUGUACUUGGUGUUUCGUUUGCCAGAGUCUUAGCUGAAUCAGUCCCUUUAGUCUUGUUACGCUUGGUGAGAUAGCUCAUAGUGAAUUCAAGUAUCGUUCUCAGUAA